AGGUACCGUAAUUUGACUACGAACCUUUAGUAACACUUUGCAGUUUGCGGAUGCAGGCAUAUAUUGUGUACAUGGGCGACCGCCCAAAGGGAGAUUUUUCAGCAUCAGCUUUUCAUACCAACAUGUUACAAGAAUCUCUUGGCAGUGGUGCAUCAGAUUUUUUGCUCCGUAGCUACCACAGGAGCUUCAAUGGUUUUGUCGCUAAGCUGACUGAAGCAGAGAAGCAGAAACUGGAAGGCAUGGAAGGUGUAGUGUCGGUUUUUCCUAGUCUAAAGAAGGAACUCCACACGACAAGGUCCUGGGAUUUCAUGGGAUUCCCACUUAAUGUUAGAAGAUCAAUUAAUGAAAGUGAUGUCAUUAUAGGAAUGCUUGACUCAGGAAUUUGGCCUGAGUCUGAAAGUUUUAGCGAUGAAGGAUUUGGUCCACCCCCAGCCAAAUGGAAAGGCACUUGCCAAGGAUCCUCCAAUUUUACUUGCAACAACAAAGUAAUUGGAGCUCGAUACUACCAUAGUGAGGGAGAAAUAAGUCCAGGAGAAAUCGCUUCGCCAAGAGAUUCAGGGGGGCAUGGAACUCACACUGCGUCAACAGCAGCAGGAAGCAUUGUUCACCAGGCAAGCUUGCUAGGCAUUGGUUCAGGGACGGCUCGAGGAGGUCUUCCUUCUGCCCGCAUUGCUGUGUACAAGAUAUGUUGGCAUGGUGGCUGUUCAGAUGCUGACAUUCUUGCAGCAUUUGAUGAUGCUAUUGCUGAUGGAGUUGAUAUAAUCUCUCUUUCGGUUGGAGGAUGGCCUUUAGACUAUUUCCAAGACGCAAUCGCUAUUGGAGCUUUCCAUGCUAUGAAGAAUGGUAUCCUCACAUCCAAUUCUGCUGGUAAUUCAGGUCCUUCAUCUGAAUCAGUUGCAAAUUUUGCACCUUGGGCUCUUUCUGUGGCUGCUAGCACCAUAGACAGAAAGUUUGUGAGCCAGGUGAAGUUAGGUAAUGGAGCAAUUUAUGAGGGACUUUCCAUUCAUACUUUUGAUCUCGGGAAUACUAUGUACCCUAUCAUUUAUGGUGGAGAUGCACCCAACUUAACAGCAGGAAGUACUUGGUACUUUUCCAGAUUGUGCUUUGAAGACUCUUUGAACAAGACUUUAGUGGAAGGCAAAAUUCUUCUAUGUGAUGCUCCCGAUACUGGAGAGGCAGCGAUAGCUGCUGGCGCAGUUGGCUCUAUAACGCAAAAUGGUUUUUACAAAGAUAUGGCCCGUGCUUAUGCUUUACCGCUUACUGUAUUAAGCAUGAGUGAUGGAGCUGAUAUUCUGGAAUACCUGAAAUCCACUAGUGAACCAACUGCAACAAUAUUGAAAACCGUCGAAUAUAAGGAUGAAUUAGCCCCUGCUGUUUCUACCUUUUCUUCAAGAGGACCUAAUCCAGUAACAAGAGACAUUAUCAAGCCUGAUAUAACAGCACCUGGAGUGGACAUUUUAGCAGCAUGGUCAGGAGCUGGUACUGUGACAGGAUCAAAAGCUGAUAACAGAAUAGUUCCAUACAACAUAAUCUCUGGCACAUCCAUGUCUUGUCCGCAUGCUUCUGCAGCAGCAGCUUAUGUCAAGUCAUUUCAUCCAAAAUGGUCUUCUGAUGCAAUUAAAUCUGCUCUGAUGACAACAGCUUAUCCCAUGAAUCCUGACACUAACACGGAUGUAGAAUUUGCUUAUGGAUCAGGUCAUAUAAAUCCUGUCCAGGCAGCUGACCCUGGAUUAGUAUAUGACGCUGGAGAGACAGAUUAUGUUAAAUUUCUUUGCGGGCAAGGGUAUAGCAGUAAACAAAUUCAACUUCUUACUGGAGAUGAUAGCACAUGCUCUGAAGCAACUAAUGGAACUGUGUGGGAUCUGAAUUACCCAUCUUUUGCUCUAUCUACCAAGUACGGCAAAUCUAUAACUCGUAUCUUUCACAGAACUGUCACGAAUGUCGGGUCCCCAACAUCAUUUUACAAGGCAAUAAUAAAUGCUCCAUCGGGUCUUAAAAUUCAAGUUCAACCAGAUAUGCUUUCAUUCCAAUCUCUUGGGCAGCAGCAAUGUUUUGUUAUGACCGUUGAAGCUACAUUGAUUAAAACUUUGAUCUCUGGUUCUCUAAUUUGGGAUGACGGGGUGCAUCAAGUGAGAAGUCCUAUUGUUGCACAUGCUACCUAUCCCUGAUCAAUGUUUGGGAAUAUUGCACUGCAAUUUCUCUUGCAGAUGAAAUGAGCAAAUAAACAGAAAGUCGUUUGUAUUUAAUGCAAUACAAUUCUGCACUUCUUCUUGUCAAAUAUAGUACUUACAGUAGUGUGACUUGUCAGGAGUCA